AUGGGAUUCAGCCGCACAACCAUAGAACUCUUGAACAAAUAUGAAGCAGAUUUCGCCAGCUUUGACAUCCUCACGGAUGAGGAAGUGCGACAAGGACUCAAAACCUAUUCAAACUGGCCAACUUAUCCGCAGCUGUACAUUGAUGGAGAGCUGGUGGGUGGAUUGGACAUCCUUAAGGAGAUGGAUGCCUCGGGAGAACUGGAGCCAAUGCUGCCAAAGAAGAAAAAACUAGAUGACAGGCUCAAGGAACUGAUCAACAAGGCUCCCUUAAUGGUGUUCAUGAAGGGAAACCGGGAGGAGCCAAGAUGUGGCUUCUCGCGCACCAUGAUCGGAAUUCUAAACGAAACAGGGUUGUCUUACGAAACUUUUGAUAUUCUGACUGAUGAGGAGGUACGUCAGGGUCUGAAAACCUACAGUAAUUGGCCUACUUAUCCGCAGGUAUAUGUGAAGGGUGACCUGAUUGGUGGGCUGGACAUAGUCAAAGAACUGCAGUCUUCAGGAGAUCUCAUGGGAGCUCUCAAGGGAGAAUAAAUAAAUUUAUAAAUAAAUGAAGAAGCAAAUAAAUAAAUAGAGAUAAAAAAGAAAGAUAAUCACAGGGAAGGGAAUAUGAGUGACAGAGAUUGGACAGCAUUUUCAUUCAGUUUUGGGAACCAAUUCUAUGAAAUUAAAGGAACCAAUAAUGUUUACAAUAAAGACAUUAAAACAUUGGCUUAUUAGGAAAAGGAUAAGAGGCAUUUUGUAUUCACAUUUGGUUCAGUGAUUUGUGUUAUGAUCAGUCAUUGCUUUUGAAAUGGAAUUUUCAUGCUACAGUAAUGCUAUAGAGAAGCAAUUGUAGGUGAAGAACUAGAGUUAGAAAAGAAAUUCUAGAACUCCCUGGUACAAUGGCAUGUCAAGCAUUGCAGAUUCCUACAUCCUAAGAAAUCAUUCCCAUUCUCCUUAUCAGUAAAAUAUUUUAAAAAUGUAC